AGAGGCGGGACUUCCGGUCUGUUUUCCAAGCAGGAAGUCGUCGUCUGGCGGUCCCCUCCGCCGUUCGGAGGUGUGUUGGCUUCCGAGAAGCAAGAAAAAGUCAUCUUUUAGGGUGAAAACUUGCCCUUAAGGCCGAGAUAACUUGUUGAAGGACGCGCCUGCUUGAACUUGUCGUCCUCGGAAGUCGCGGCAGUCGGACGAAAUGGGCAAAAGAGGAAGAAAUGGCGACCUUUUCCGGGUGACACUAAGUUUUCCAGAGAUAUGUUAAAACCUGCGUAGCCCACCGGCGACAGGUGCGAUUCCCAGUCUCUGAUCAUUCACAGAGCCUCUUCCUGUCUGUAACAAGGACUUCCUAGAAAAAGACCCUGUCCUCCUGAGCCCUCCCCUGACAUUUUGUGCCUUUCCGGGCCAUGCUCCGCAAGCGAGGCGCACUCAUUGUGUGUGGCGCCUUCCUGUUCCUCAGCUGGAACGUCAUAAUGGUGCACCUGCUGUGGGGCCGGACGAACGAAGAGCCCGAGAGCCCCACCGAUGAUGUGGUGGGCGACGUGCUCCGCAUGGCAGACAUGUUUGAGGCCGAGCUGGAGAUCCAAAAUAAAAUCCUGACACAGAUCCAGAACUACCAAACGCUCUGGCAGGGGCCUGAAGGGAAGAAGCUGAAGCAAGUCCGGCCUCGCCAGCCUGUCAUCCCCAUCCUGGUCAUUGCCUGCAACAGGGUCUCUGUGAGACGCUGCUUGGACAAACUGCUGCAGACCCGCCCCUCAGACAAGCAAUUCCCGAUCAUUGUAAGCCAAGAUUGCGGGCAUGCAGAGACUGCUGAUGUGAUCCGUUCUUAUGGAAGUCGGGUCACUCAUUUGACGCAGCCGGACUUGUCAGAUAUCGCCGUGCCACCAGAGCACAAAAAGUUUCAGGGGUACUACAAGAUUUCCAGACAUUACCGCUGGGCUCUGAAUCAAGUUUUCAAGGAUCAUUCGGCCGUCAUCAUUGUGGAAGACGACCUUGAGGUGGCGCCAGACUUCUUUGAGUACUUCGGCGCCACGCUGCCACUCCUGAAGUCCGACCCGAAACUGUGGUGUGUGUCAGCCUGGAACGACAACGGCAGGGAUGGCUUUGUGGAUCCAGCAGCGGCCAGUCUGCUCUACCGUACGGACUUCUUUCCCGGCCUGGGCUGGAUGCUGCUCAAGGAGGCGUGGGAGGAGCUGGAGCCCAAGUGGCCCGCCUCCUUCUGGGAUGACUGGAUGCGCCAGCCCGCACAGCGCCGCGACCGCGCUUGCAUUCGACCGGAGAUCUCCCGGACAUUAACAUUUGGCCGUCAGGGUGUGAGCCUCGGUCAGUUUUACGACAAGUACCUGCGGUACAUUAAACUCAACUCCCAGUUUGUGCCUUUCACCAAGCUUGACCUGAGUUACUUGAAGGAGGAGACGUACAGAAAGAGUUUUGAGAAGGAGGUUUACAGCGCUCCCACUGUCACGUUUGAAGAUGUCAAGCAGGGACAGCUCAAUGGUCCCGGGCCGUUUCGCCUACAGUACUCCAGCAAGGACAGCUUUAAAGUAUUUGCAAAGAACCUGGGACUCAUGGAUGACCUGAAGUCCGGAGUGCCAAGGACAGGCUUCAGAGGGGUUGUCAGUUUCUUUUCAAGAGGUCGGAGGAUUUACAUCGCCCCGCCUCCGGGAUGGAAUCAGUAUGAUCCCACUUGGAACUGACAAACUUGGAUCACACCAAAGACUGGCAUCAUUGUUAUUUUGUUUUACAUUUGUUUUUCAAUGAUUAGUAGUCAUUUUGUGGAGGAAGGGCGUUCCUGCCAAUGCCACUCAGGUCUUGUUCCUGCUAACCGCUUCAUAAAAUGUCCCCUGGCUUGACUUAACUGCUGUAAUUCACAAGAGAUCUAUUUUUAUACAAUGAUAAACGUGCACAUGACAUUCAUUUCAAAAGGUGCCACUUUAAAUUAUUUGCAAACCUCUGGUGGCUUAUUUAUGUUGGGUACGACUAUGACAACAUUCUGUGGUGGUGGUGGUGGUGGUGGUGGUCUGAGCCGUAAUGUUACUUACAGUAGUUCAUGUUUAUGUCCGCUCAUGGUCCACUUCUAUAGCUAUGAGUUGACCUAUUUUGCUGAUUGUUGCUGUGUGCCAUAUAUUACGUGCUACAGUGCAAACCAGAUGCUUUCUGUGUUUUGUAUUUUGGAAUAAUAAAUGAGACAAUGUUUAAUUACAGAAGUGGUCAUUCA